GGGGAGGAGGGAGAGCGAGCGAGCGAGAGAGAGACGAGGAGAGAGGGAGGGAGAGAGGCAGGGUGUCUCGGUCAUCGUGGCGCCAUGGACUGAGCUCGACAGCCACGGGAGACGCGGAAGAUGCGAGCGGCGUGAGGUGAGGAGUGAAUGUGAGUGGAUGUGCGGGAGAUGUGGCGUACGCUCCCUGGCCCUGCUGCUGCAGGCGCUGCUGGCAGUGGGGGUCACGGAGGUCAGCGGGGUCACGCCCUCGGUCAUCACACCUGUGGUCACGCCCUCGGUCAUCACGCUCGGGGUCACGCCUGGGGUCACGCUCGGGGUCACGCUCCGAGCUUUGGCGCCGCACUCUGACAGGAGCCAUGGCGGCCUCACGGUGGAGCGGUGUCAAUCCUUGGACCUGGAGACGUUCACCUGCUGGUGGAGCCCCAGGCCGGAAGACGCCGCCGCCAACUACUCCCUGCUCUACUACACGCCCAAUCAUCUCUUGACCGACAGUUGUGGCAACGAAAAAACUCAGCACCGCAUGUUUGCCACCAACGACUCGGUGAUGUGCGAGUGCCCGGACUACGAGACGGGAGGCCUCAACAGCUGCUACUUCAACACCACCUUCACCUUCCUCUUUCGCAUGUACUGCUUCCUCAUCUGGGACAGGAGUCGGCCCGACAUAGACGGACAGCAGCAGUUCUGCACCACUGUCGCAGACAUAACCCAGACCAAUCCCCCCUGGAACCUAACUUGGGAGCUGGUGGGCGACGAGGCGGGGGAGGGCGCCACGGAGCACGAGCUUGGCGAGGUGCGCCUGCGCUGGCAGCCACCGCUGGAGCCGGACAUCCGCAGCGGGUGGAUAACGCUCGAAUACCAGAUCCGCGUACGGGACAACAGCACCCUCAACUGGACGCUGAGAGAGGAGCACGUGAGCGUCAUGCACCACGUGCUGCUGGGCCCGCGGCCCGGACGCCCCUUGGAGGUGCAGGUGCGGUGCAAGCCGCGCACCUUGGGCAUCUGGAGCGAGUGGAGCGAAUCGCUGCUGGUGAUCACGGAGGGCUGGGACCUGCUGCAGGUGCUGCUGGUGCUGGGGGUGCUGGUUUCCUGCUGCCUCCUCGCCACGCUACUGCUGCUCCUCCGCUGCCACACACGGAUGGCCAAGUGGCUGUUCCCUCCGGUGCCCAGCCCCCGCAUCCGCGGCAUCGACCCAGAUAUGCUCAAGAAGGGUCCGGUGGAGGAGUUCAACCGCAUGAUCAGCUCCUUCCAUGGCUUCGUGUCGCCGGUGAUGCACGACGACCCCUGGCUGGAGGUCACGGAGGUCACCUGCGAGCGUGACACCCUCCUCGCAAAGGUCAAGGGGGGGUGGCGGUCGACCGGGCCGGCGACACCGACGCAUGGUCGCCCCGUGUGGCCCGGCGAGGCCGCGGCCGCAGCGGCCACCAUCGAACCGGAUCUUCUUGGCUACUUUCACGGCGAUCUCCCCGAAAAUUCUGCCAAAUCUACGGCCAACGCCGACGAAGACGGUUACGACGAUCGGCAAAAACACGGUGAUGGUGGUGGCGGCGGUGGCUCCGAGGCGAUGCGUUCGGCUACCACGCUGCCUGGAGAGUGUUACACGCAGGUGUGGGACGUGAGCCCUGACGGCACGGUGUGCCUGGCCUCUCCCGCCGCCCAAGCCCUACGACCGGCGGCGGCAGUGGCGCGCCCGGCAGCCCCUGCGGCCCACGUCGGCGAAUCCGCCGGUUCCAAAGAAAUCGCCGAGUCGUCCGCGAGCCGUGGGAGAGACGUGACGGUGUCGCCGACGGGCACAGGGGAUUCUCAGCCCCCGCCGUUUGUUCUCGAGCCCCCCGCUCUGGCGAUUACCACCACGCCGCCCGCCCGCCUGGGCCCGAUGAUAGCCAGCGACACGCACGUGCCGCCAACUUCUCCGCCAUCUCCUCCUCCCCAGAGCCACCAAGCGGAGGGCUCGUCCCGUCGCUCCGAUCCCCACGAUGAGCGUGACGCCACCGCCAUCGCUGGUGCCUCCUCCUCCUCCCCCCACAACGACGACGACGACGACUGGGAGGACGCGACACCUCUCCCGCCGCCGCCUCCCCCCCACAACUCGUCAGACAGGGCCCCCCUCCGCUCGCCGGACUCGCCGCCCCCGGUGCCGGACUACACGGCGGUCCACGCGGUGGACGCUCACCAGCGCCUGUUCCUGGACGUGCGCAAGGACGUCGUCAAGGGCAACGGGGAUGCGCACAAGGGCUACCUCCCGCCGGAGCAGCUGCGAGCGCUGCUGCUGGCGUCAGCCGGGGUGGGGGUCGGGGUGGGGGUCCGGGUCGGGGUGGGCAGCACGCAGGGGUACGUGGGGGAGGAGAGGGCACGCUUCAUUCGCUCGUGACUCGCCGGUUGUUUUUUUGCGCGCGCGUUCACAGAGCUGCACACGCGUCCAUUGCGCUUGCAUUCAAGUGUUCGUUCACGUGCGCCACGUGUAACCCCUUUAAGGGGGGUGGGGGUAGAAGGGGGUGAGAGGGGGGUGUGGUGGGGGGGUGCAUGGUUCCCCCCCACCCACCGCCCCCCCUCCCACCAUCCAUCCGUUUUGCUGCUGUGCGUUUGAUUACGAGUUAAGUGUCUCUCCCUGGGUUUGUAUGAAUGUACAGUCUGUUGAUAAAGCUGCGUGUAAAUCUUAAACGGGUGUAGAAAUCUGACGAGUUGGCUGCAGGAGUCGCUCUCGCCCUUGACCAAAUCACCUCGAGUGGGCCCGAUCUUGUCAGGCGCCGGGAGCUAAGCGAGGCUGGAGCCUGGAUAGCGUUCAGACGGUCGUCCACACACACACGCACGUGCGCACACACGCCGGAUGUUGUAGGCAGCUGCAGGACUACAUUGUGGACGACAGAGGGCAAGGCAGCAAAAGCCAUUGCUGUACCGGUGGUGAGGUAUUGGGAUGUGUCAUGGGACAUCCUUUGCCAGUACCAAUCAGUUUAGAGUAUGUUUUUUGUUUGCAUUCUGACCACAAGCAUUGUGGUUAAUGCAGACAUGAUUCCUUAUAAAAGGUUUCAGUUUGGUGUUUUAACAUCUUAACACAGCUGUUUUGUUGCCAGGAAAAAGGGGAAAACCCCUAUUAUCAUAUGGGGAUGUAAUCGUCGAUCUAUGGAUUGACAAUAGAGGGUUGUGCAUGUACACGUGUACAAGAGUCCCUCCCUACCUCUCUCUCUGCCUCACAACCCAUUCAGUACAAACCACUCUCAGAAUUUUAAUUUAAUCUCACACGAGAAGCUCGCGAAUAUCACGCGCGUGUGUCAAAGACACGUGCGGGAACGUUUCCGAGAACUGCCCGGGAGGGAGAGAUAUUGGUGUCGCCAAAGGUCGACUUUGUGGAAUUCUACUGCGGUGUCUCGUGUUGAAACGUCGCCGAACUUUUUUGCACAGAAGCUGUCGCGUUGACAGCAGCCUCCCAGACACGGCCGACGGUCGUUGGGGAUGCCCAGGAUAAUGGGGAUAGUGCCUCCGCGCCUAACGCGGGAAUGUACGGUGGUCGUGUUCCAACGGGGGGGGGGGGGGGGGGGGGGGCGGGUGGUGCAGGAGUUCACGGGUUUGGGAGACUUUCGUGGUGCCUUGGGCCAGACGUGAACGGGUGACUUCAUUUCGCGCUUUUUUUCCCGUGGCCACGCGGAGCCGGGAAGCGAGCAUCCUGACGCUGCUGAUCUGGCACCAGAGGAGGGCAAUGCCAGCGAGAGAGUGGAAUUCCGCGGUUCACGCCGUGGAGUUCUGCGACGGCGUUGUUUUUAGGUUGCGCUCGCUCACGGCAAUUUGUCUGUUGAGGAUAUACGGAGGGGGCGUGGGUGGGUGGGGGGGCUAUUUUUGUCUUUGUUGUAACAAUGCAACCCGAAAACACGUCCCCGAGAACGAGAAGGGAAAUAUAUUUAUAUGUUCGACCCGGCAACAGCACCGUGUAUCUAAUUUUAUUUCUCUCGGUGACUUCUGUUACUGCCAGGGCCUUCACUCUUGCAGUGACAGAAGCGACCGAGGCGAGUGUGUUAAUGCCCCCCCACCUCCUCCUCCUCCUCCACGUCCACCCCCUAACCCCGCCAAAGGUAUUGGAAAGUGCUAUUCGGCCCCCCACCCCUGCCUUUACGUGAUGGCGCAUACAGCCACUGUUUACUGGAAACAAGGAAAAUGUGAGGAAGGUGGUCGCGGUUGGGGAGUUGGGGGGGGGGGUCACCUUCAGGAAAAUAGCGGAAGAGCUGGGAGGUUGCAAUUGUGUGUAACAUUGUGUGUAUAAUUGUGUGUAACAUUGUGUGUAACAUUGUGCGCUUGCAGACUCUCGCACGCCGUGCCCUCUUCUCGUGUGUGUGUGUUGUGAUUUUCGUGGUGGUGGUGGGGGGGGGUUAAUUUGUCGUGCGUUGCGCUCACCCCCCUCACCCCCCCCCCGUCGGUGUUGUUGUUGUUGUGUCUGUGCGUCGAGAUUUCAGUGCGAGUGGAGAUGUGCGGCAGAUAAUUUUGCUUUCGCGGAUGUCGCCACAGAUGUGGACAUUAGUGGGGGGGGCUAUUUUGUUGUCACGGUGACGUUUACUGUGUCUCGUGGUUGCGUCAACGUUUUUAUUGUGAACGUUCUGUUGCCUUGUCAUCCGUCAAAGAGCUUUGAUUGUAACGUAAAGGGGGACGGCGUCUUUACAGAGGAAAGAGUGCAGAGUGAUAUUUAGAUAUACAUAUAUUUAGAGAUACGCUAAAUCGAUAUUUUGUUUUAAUGAAAUAAACUAAAAAUAGUUUUGUUCA